AUGAGUCUUGCUUUCAAUCAGCCGGGCAACUUCACCUGUAACUCGUGUCAGAUUCGUCUGCCCACCGCAGACGUCCAGAGACUCCACAUGAAAACCGAAUGGCACAGAUACAACCUCAAGAGACGGGUCGCUGGGCUGGCUCCGGUCGAUUCUGUUAUCUUCCAGUCGAAGGUGGCUCUGCAGCAGCGCCAGGAGGCCAUCAACGGCGACCAGGACGAAUUCGGGUUCCAUAUCCAUCGGAGACAGCGCACUGGUCCCCGCCAAUCCGCGAAGAAAGAGCCGAAAAGACGGACACGAAGAGACGAACUCGCAGAUAGCAGCGUCGAUCGACGCGCGCAAUCGCCGGCCGCAUCGGUGGUUUCGAGAGUGAGCGAGUUCUCUCUUGGGUCGAUCCACAGCGAGGCGCAGUCUGAGUACACGAUCGAUGAUCUCGUCUCCGAGCCGACAGUGAGCGACUAUGAUUAUUUUAGCCCAGCUUCAGGCUCUGAGACGAGCGAUUCUGAGGACGACUAUACGGAAGAGGAGCACGAGUUAGAGCCGGUUAUUUUGACCAACUGUUUCUACUGCAGCGCCGAGAACAUUGAUGAAGAAGCCAAUGUGGCCCAUAUGUUCACCGCUCACGGUUUGUUUAUUCCUGAACAGGACUAUCUUGCUGAUCUGAGCGGUCUACUGCAAUACCUUGGAGAUAAAGCAAUAAUUGACAGAGAGUGCUUGAAGUGCAAAUUUGUGGGGAAAAACCUGGUAAGCAUACGGCAGCAUAUCCAGAGCAAGGGCCAUUGCGUCAUUCCGUACGAAACGCGUGCAGAGAGAAAGGAGAUAGAGAGGUUUUAUAACUUUGACGAAAGCGACUACACGACAGUGAAGGUGCUGCCAAAUGGAAUAGAAUUGCCAGACGGACGCAUUUUGGGGAGCCGGUCGUUUGCACGCUACUAUAAACAGAACUUUCCUCGGCGUGAUCGUGAGGUUAGCGACGGAGAGCGAACCAUGUCUUUGGUGAUCAAAGAUCGCGAGUUUCAUGCUCCUAGCUACCAUCGCCCGGUGAUUGAGGCGCAACGGGAAAAAAUCAGUCUACGACAGCUACGCAAAGGAAACAAUCUGGCGCAUUUUAGGGACCCUCUGAAUUGA